AUGCAGUUAGAGAUGGAUGCUAGACCACCAGCACCCUCAGUGGCAUCUCUUGCAGACUGGCAAGACGAGCCAGUGGGUGAGGAAUUAGAGAGUUAUGCUGAGCCACCACCUGACUCAGUAGAAAGUACUGCACAAUGGCCUGAUGAGCCCUAUAACGAGAAGUUGGAAAGAGAUUCUGAGCCGCCACCAGACUCAGUAGAAAGUACUGCACAAUGGCCUGAUGAGCCGUAUAACGAGAAGUUGGAAAGAGAUUCUGAGCCGCCACCAGACUCAGUAGAAAGUACUGCACAAUGGCCUGAUGAGCCCUAUAACGAGAAGUUGGAAAGAGAUUCUGAGCAGCCACCAGACUCAGUAGAAAGUACUGCACAAUGGCCUGAUGAGCCGUAUAACGAGAAGUUGGAAAGAGAUUCUGAGCCGCCACCAGACUCAGUAGAAAGUACUGCACAAUGGCCUGAUGAGCCCUAUAACGAGAAGUUGGAAAGAGUUUCUGAGCAGCCACCAGACUCAGUAGAAAGUACUGCACAAUGGCCUGAUGAGCCCUAUAACGAGAAGUUGGAAAGAGAUUCUGAGCCGCCACCAGACUCAGUAGAAAGUACUGCACAAUGGCCUGAUGAGCCCUAUAACGAGAAGUUGGAAAGACAUUCUGAGCCGCGACCAGACUCAGUAGAAAGUACUGCACAAUGGCCUGAUGAGCCCUAUAACGAGAAGUUGGAAAGAGUUUCUGAGCCGCCACCAGACUCAGUAGAAAGUACUGCACAAUGGCCUGAUGAGCCCUAUAACGAGAAGUUGGAAAGAGAUUCUGAGCCGCCACCAGACUCAGUAGAAAGUACUGCACAAUGGCCUGAUGAACCCUAUAACGAGAAGUUGGAAAGAGAUUCUGAGCCGCCACCAGACUCAGUAGAAAGUACUGCACAGUGGCCUGAUGAGCCCCAUAACGAGAAGUUGGAAAGAGAAUCUGAGCCACCAACUGACUCAGUAGAAAGUACUGCACAAUGGCCUGAUGUGCCCUAUAAUGAGAAGUUGGAAAGAGAUUCUGAGCCGCCACCAGACUCAGUAGAAAGUACUGCACAAUGGCCUGAUGAGCCCUAUAACGAGAAGUUGGAAAGAGAUUCUGAGCCGACACCAGACUCAGUAGAAAGUACUGCACAAUGGCCUGAUGAGCCCUAUAACGAGAAGUUGGAAAGAGAUUCUGAGCCGCCACCAGACUCAGUAGAAAGUACUGCACAAUGGCCUGAUGAGCCCUAUAACGAGAAGUUCGAAAGAGAUUCUGAGCCGCCACCAGACUCAGUAGAAAGUACUGCACAAUGGCCUGAUGAGCCCUAUAACGAGAAGUUGGAAAGACAUUCUGAGCCGCGACCAGACUCAGUAGAAAGUACUGCACAAUGGCCUGAUGAGCCCUAUAACGAGAAGUUGGAAAGAGAUUCUGAGCCGCCACCAGACUCAGUAGAAAGUACUGCACAAUGGCCUGAUGAGCCCUAUAACGAGAAGUUGGAAAGAGAUUCUGAGCCGCCACCAGAUUCAGUAGAAAGUACUGCACAAUGGCCUGAUGAGCCCUAUAACGAGAAGUUGGAAAGAGUUUCUGAGCCGCCACCAGACUCAGUAGAAGGUACUGCACAAUGGCCUGAUGAGCCCUAUAAUGAGAAGUUGGAAAGAGAUUCUGAGCCGCCACCAGACUCAGUAGAAAGUACUGCACAAUGGCCUGAUGAGCCCUAUAACGAGAAGUUGGAAAGAGAAUCUGAGCCACCACCAGACUCAGCAGAAAGUACUGCACAAUGGCCUGAUGAGCCCUCUAUUGAGAAGUUGGAUAUACAUGAUGAGCCCUCCAAUAAGGAAUGUUUGGCAACCACCUCUAUCUUUACAGAAUAUUGUCGUUUGAGAGCAUCUCUUAGUGUUGGCCUUAUGAAAGUAACGCCCUUAAAAACAGGACCAUUUCCGAUCAAAACAGCCUUUAUCGUUACAGGCCCACCGAAGAAAAGGGCCUUUACUGAACGGAAGGUGUGUCCUAUUAAGGCAGCCUUCAUAGUCACAGGGCCUCCAAAGAUAAGAGCAUUUACUCCAAAGAAGGUCUGA